AACACCUUCAAUACCAUCGACAUUUCAUUAUUAAAGGCUUAUAAAUUAAUUGAUCAAAUUCUUUGUCAUCGUACUACCCUAGCAGUUAACAUCUAUCCCCAUUUUCUUGCAUGACCCUUUGACAUUUUGUAUUGGCUUGAGGUUUAUUGGCGCAUCGACAAACUAAGUUUAGUGAAAGACAGUGUAAGACCGAUAUUGCUUCACGUCUAAUCACCACCUUUAUCCUAAUCAACUACAUCUCUCUCAUCUUUGUCUCAUUAAACACUCGCGUCAUAUAAAAAAAGGAGAGACACCACUUCAAGAUGGAUUCCCCAGGACCAGGCGGGUUCUUACCAGCCCCUGGUGGCCUUCCAUCACCAGCACCUUCAGCAACCUCAUCUUACGCAAACAACAUCCAAGGCCUUCCUGCGCCAAGAAACAAGGCACUCAAGGCAAACUCCAGCAAGGAAUUCAUGGUUCGAAGGUAUGCCGAAGAGCAGCUGAUGUUGGCUACACGACGCUAUGUCAAGAAGUUUGGUAGUGCUGAACCAGACGAUUCAGUCGUAGGCUAUACGAGGUUCGGGGAGGUUUGUAAAGACUUGGAUAGUGUCAUUAACGUUCUGUGGCGAUCAGGAACCCCCACACUACAAAUACCUUUUUUACUACGUCUCACGAGUGACUUUACUCGAUAUGUCCGGGGCUUCCCGCCUGCACCAAAAGCAUCAUUCGCUAUUCUGCGCAAGCUUGAUCACUGCUUCGCCAGUCUUCUCUCAGGUCAAGAUGUUGAAACUCACGAGACACUGCCAGGUUUCGAGAAUGGGCUGCGCGGCGGCAUGACAACUACAGAGAUGAUCAGAUGUCGAAGUUUGGUUGACCAAUGUCGCGUAUUAAUGGUCGAGGUCAUGAGAGACCCCACAGAAGAAGACGAGGAGGGCGAAGAUGAAGAGGGAGGAGAUACAGAUACAGAUACCGAUAUGGACAUGGACACGGAUACGGAAGCACCGGCAAUCAAGGGCUGGGGCAGUGUGGAAGACGACGACGAAAUGAUGCUGCAGCUCGAUGCGGCACGUGUCUUUGAACGGACAAUCGUACAGCUCAACGAAAGACUUGGCGAUCUAGAACCAAUCCAAAUGUCUGCCGACUGA